UUCCAAGGUGGCUAUUUAGAAUUUUCCUGAGUCACUCAUCCCUGGCGCAGCAUGGUGUUGGUAAACAAGGAGCGAACGAGAGAGAUCACGCCGCCAUCUGUUGAGCGGCGGUGGAAGCAUCAUUGGCUCCGAGCGCUGCCCACCUCGCCCCGUUCCCACCCUCCCUGCAGAACCCGCCCCGUCCACACCUCAGCAGCUUCAGUGGCGAGCGAGAGGCGGCGGAUGCGAUCAACACACAGGCGGCGGCGGCGAAGAUCAGAAGACUAAUUACACAAGUGCUUGGCGAGGAAGGGAGACGAAAUGAGUGAUCUCUUUGGAAGUUUCGCAUCCGCCAGCGGCUAUGGUCAUGGGGGGUACGAGAAGGAGAUAGAAUGUAACUCCGCCCUGGGAUUGCUCGGACUUUUGGGACUCAUCGAACUGCUGCGGGACAUCAUCGAGAACAUGGUGACGAUGUCGACAGAGAGGCGGCGAAGGAGCGUGGCUGACGGAGGAUUCUUCAGGAACUCCUUCGUGGGCACGCUGUUCAGGGGAGAGGCAGCGGACCAUAGCCCCCUCGGCACCCUCCCCGCCCUCCUGCUGCCAUUGCUGCACAGCGCCGUGGAUGCCUCGGACGGCUUCCACUCCCCGACCUGCUUCGAAAAGACGAUCUGUGAGACCAACAAAGCUUUAGCCUCCAGAAGUUUACUUUGGGGUUUUCCCGGAGCAUUCCUCGCCAAUUCCACGACCUCCGUCAUCAGCAUGGUGGUGGCCAAAGCCUUUACCAACGAUGGCGAGUCCUACCAGAGGGCAAUUGAGGCCGGGAAUGCGGGAAGGUCAGGCGUGAACUGCGAGGCGGCAUACUCGAGCUGCCGGACCCUGCAGCCCCGACACCGCGUUCCGACGGCUGACGUGAACACUGUGGUCAGGCAACACCUCGACGGUAUGACGUAAACAGCGAAGAGAGAGAGAGAGAGAGAGAGAGAGAGAGAGAGAGAGAGAGAGAGUGUGUGUUUGAACAAUACAAAUGCGUUUCUUGUGUUCACUGUUGUGGUUACGGGCCAAUAUUUGUUCUGCGUUCCUAAACUCAAGGACUGUUUAUCUUUGCAAGUCAAAAUACCUUGAAUAUGCCCAAAAGGUUUUUUGUAAGUUUUGUUCACAGAUUUCAGCGAGUGUCUGUAUGUGUUAAGAAUGGAUCAAUGAUGUUAUAUUACUAUCACAGUGAUACAACCUGGAUGAAGUGUUAUGAUUUUGUAUUGUAACUUAGAUAACAUAAUAAACUAUA